UAAAGUUACAUAUUCUGUACUUUAUAUUCACCGAGUUGUCAUUUUCGACAAUCAGAAGCUAUUUUGCAAAGUAGAACAAAUUUACAACGAUGGCUGAUUCAAAAUAUGCUAACCUUCCAGGAAUUGCCCAUGAUCAAGCUGAUGUUUAUGAAACCUCUGAUUUACCAGAAUCUGAACAAUUUCCUAAUUAUAGUGAAGAUGAAUCAGAUUCUAUUGAGCGACUACACAUCAGUGCAAGUGAAGCUUUUAAUAAAUUUAAAGGAAAGCAUAUUGUCACUAAAGGUGUAGACUUUUCUGAUCGAAUUUCAAGAAAACCAAGAACUGGAUACAGUGAAGUAUUUGGAGUCUGGGAACUUCCCGGCGAAGGAGAAAAAGAAACUCCGAUACAAAAAUAUCAGAGACUGCAAUGUGAAAUUAAAGAGUUGUAUGAUGAAGUUAAUGAUCUGAAGGAAAAAGCUAAAGAAGAAAAAGAAAGAAAAUCUGCAGUAGAUAUUAUUGCGCAAGUAGAAGAAGCUGGAAAACAACUGAAUAUUUUAAAAUUAGAUGAAACACUUGGUACAGAUCUGGUUGCUACUUUAACUGAUCCUCAAGGAACAAGACUCAAACAAUUAGUACAUCAAAUAGAAGAAUUUAAAAGUAUUGGAUCAGCCGAGAAAUCAAGCGACAAACCUGAAAAUCUACCUGAAGAAAAGGCUACAGGAUUUUUAAAAUACGAAAUGAUGUUUUAUCCGGAAAAAGCUAAAAUGCAAGAAGCUGCAAGAGUAGCACAAUUAGAACAGCGAUUAGCAAGAUUAGAACAUGUUAUCGGAACGAACGAUGAUAAAUUUGCCAAGUUUUCACAAAAUCUUAAAUCUCAAGGAGUGAUUGAAGCUGUACAACAACUUGCUGCUAAAUCUGCAUUAUUGGAUAGCUCUCAAGUUGAAAUAAUGGAAGGUAGAAUAGCAACACUAAGUCACAGGAUGGACACUGUAGCCCAGAAAAAGUCUUCUUUACCAGUGGAUACAGAAAGGGAACAAAAAAUCAAUGAAAUGUAUGAAAUUUUCAAAAAAACUGAACCUUUAGCUCAAGUUUUACCACAAACUGUAGAUCGAAUGAUUGCUUUGAAUUCAAUCCAUCGUCGAGCUGCAGAUUUCAAUAAAUCAUUGACUCAACUUGAAGAACUGCAUUCGCAAAUUAAAAAUAGUUUAGAAAACAAUAAAUCAUUAUUAGAAGGAAUUCAAGAUAGUUUUGCGACCAAUAUGCAAGUCAUCCAUAAAAAUAUUUCUGGUUUAGAGGAACGUAUACAGAAAUUGAAUAAAUAAUCAAUUAAUUCUCUAUAACUAUCUAACAAAUUACAUAUUUAUCAUUUUUUACGAAAAUAAUGCUUCAAGUAUUAAAUUUAACCAUGUUACUGCACUCUGUAAAUAUUUGACAUAUUAAACAUUACUAUUAUGCUUAAUUGAAUGCAAAAUAA